CUUCAGAUUUAUACAAAUAUACGAUAAUUAUAAUAUAUCAUUAUAAGGAAAUGAUGGCGUAAUAUUAACGUUAUUAGACUUUUCAUUUAAGAAUAUACGUGUAAAUUACGUAAUGCAUUAUUGAACGAAUUUACACAAGUAGAUUCUUCUAUAAUUUAGAAAGAUUGGCAAAUUACUAUAUAUAGGUGGUAAACGUAAACUUGUAUUCGAGAAAUAAGUGAAAGUAUGAGUCGAAUGAAUGGUAUGGAGUAUGGAGACGGGAAACUUAAAGAAGGGGCUUCAUAAACAGGAUUUCAAAAUCUAGUGAUGCAGUGUACGUGUAUGCCGCCUGAUGCCGUCGAGUUGCCUUUUUAUUCUUAACCUCAAUUUUGUGGUAUCAAGUGAUAUGUGAUAUUGUCAUUUUCACGGUACACAAGAUACUUCCUGGAAGAUCCAGAGGAACAUCUACGGAGAUACGACUCAUUUGUCAAGAUUAUCUACAACCUUGCUAAUCCAAUACUUUAUCUUCUACACUCUUGUACAUUCACGAUGGAGAGACUCAGGAAAACGUCGACAGAAGAAAGCCUGCGCUUCAUCAGGCAGUCCUUAAAAUCGGACGAGAUGGAUCAUCUCGAAGGAAUCCAUUUCGACAGACUGUGUCCUCAUGUGUUCAUCACCCUUGGAGCCUCGGGCGACCUGGCUAGAAAAAAGAUCUACCCAACUCUCUGGUGGCUGUUUCGAGACAACCUCUUACCGAAAACCACAACAUUUUUCGGUUAUGCGCGCACCCAUAUGACCGUGGCUCAGCUACGAGAAAAAUGUCACGUGUACAUGAAGGUGAAACCAGACGAGCAACAGAGGUACGAAGAAUUUUGGAAACUGAAUUACUACGUCGCAGGGAUGUACGACUCUCAGUCGUCGUUCGAGGUGCUCAACAACGAGGUGAAGAAGCACGAGGAAGGCCAUCAAAUCGCUCACCGAUUGUUCUACUUGGCUUUACCACCAAGCGUGUUCGAACCUGUUACCGUGCAUAUCAGAAACGUUUGCAUGGGCGAAAGAGGUUGGACCAGGGUGAUUAUAGAGAAACCGUUCGGUAGAGACGCGAUCACGUCGCAACGCCUGUCGGAUCAUCUGGCAUUAUUAUUCAAAGAGGAACAGAUUUAUCGUAUCGAUCACUAUCUGGGGAAGGAGAUGGUUCAAAACUUGAUGACCCUUAGAUUCGGUAAUAGAAUAUUCAACCCGACCUGGAACAGGGACAAUGUAGCCUCCGUGCAGAUCACGUUCAAGGAACCGUUCGGCACCCAAGGGAGAGGUGGAUACUUCGAUGAAUUCGGUAUCAUAAGAGACGUAAUGCAAAACCACUUGUUGCAAAUCUUGUCCUUGGUUGCGAUGGAGAAACCCGCGUCGUGUCAUCCGGAUGAUAUCAGAAACGAGAAGGUGAAGGUUCUGAAGUGCAUAAAACCUUUGGAGCUCGAGAACGUCGUGUUGGGCCAAUACGUUGGUAACCCUGACUCGAAAGAUCCUGAAGGACGAUUGAGUUAUUUGGACGAUCCUACUGUACCACCUGGCUCCAAUACACCCACCUAUGCACUGGCCGUUUUAAGAAUUAAUAACGAACGUUGGGAUGGCGUUCCAUUUAUCCUUAGGUGUGGAAAAGCUUUAAACGAACGGAAAGCAGAAGUAAGAGUACAGUAUCACGAUGUGCCUGGCGAUAUAUUCGAUGGAAAGCCGAAGAGGAACGAAUUAGUAAUAAGAGUACAACCUGGUGAAGCUUUAUACAUUAAAAUGAUGACCAAGUCGCCCGGUAUUACGUUCGAUAUGGAGGAAACGGAGUUAGAUCUUACGUAUGGUAGUAGAUACAAGGAUCUAAAACUUCCCGAUGCGUAUGAACGAUUAAUUUUGGACGUAUUUUGUGGAUCGCAAAUGCACUUUGUGCGUAGCGAUGAACUAUCAGAAGCGUGGAGAAUUUUCACGCCUUUGUUGCAUCAAAUAGAGGAUGAACAUAUCAAACCAGUUCCGUACAAGUACGGUUCUCGUGGUCCCAAAGAAGCGGAUGAAAUGGCAAAAACAAAUAAUUUUGUCUAUUACGGUUCGUACAAAUGGAUAAAGCCAUAGUUUUUGGUCAUUUUUGUUAAAUACAUUUAAUGUUAAAUGAUGUGCAUGUGGCAUACAAGUUGCAAAAAUCUGUACUACGAUUCCUUAUCUGUGAUCAUAGCACUCCAUAUUUUUAUACCAAUAUAUACACGGUACUUACCUGAAAUUUUAUAUACGUAUAUAAAUAAUUUUUAUAAUUAAUUUAUUGAGCUAAAUCAAGUUUUAAGCGUAAAGUACCCUUUAGCAGAAAAAGUAUACAGAUAAUGUAUCACGUUCAAAUGGCACCAAAUAAGGACAUAUAUAUGCAUGUUAUGAGUGUUUGUAAAUAAAAUAUGAUCGUUCCAUUUGUAAAUUUAUAUAAAUCUCAGGUACUAUAUAACUUAUAGUAAUUUUUAUGAAAUCUUUUGUACAUUUUUAUAAGAGAAAUGUAAUGUUUAGAUGACCAUCUAAAAAUUUCGAAAACAAUUUAAGAAUUACAACUUGUGCGUAGAUCAUAAUUUUAUUUAAUUCUGACGAUUUAAACAUGACGCCAAUCACAUGAAAUAUUCUGUACAGUAAACGAAGUAUCAUAAAUUAUAGAAUACGUUCUGCUGAAAUUAUUCAAGUAUGUAUUACAGUAAAUAAAUAAGAGAAAGUUGAAUUAUUCAGUCUGUAAGUCACAUAACCUUUACGUGUUGAAUCAUUAAACGAAGUAAAGUAACAAGAAAAAAUGUUAGCAAAUUGCUUCAUCGAAUUUGAAUUAAUGAAUUUCUAUGAGACUGUUAUUCAGCUCUCUCUUUCUUCCUUUCAUACAAAGACAUCAGCGAGACAUAAACGAUCAGGUCAGACAUACAUUAUUGCAUACAUAAUGAUCAACAGAGAACAUAUUUAAUGUAUAAAAUUAUCAAAUACUUUUUUAGAAAUGCAGUUCGAAUUAAAUUAAUACACGACACAUAUUCAUAUGUUUGUAAAUACCACUGUAGAGUUUGUCAUAUAUAUAUAUAUAUAUAUAAUUUACCCCUUGUAACAGUGGGAAAAUUGAAUAGAUAUAAAAAUUAUAUGAAGUAUGGGAAGUUGAAGUUGGUUCGUGAUUCGCAAAUUACUUGUUACGUUAUUAAAAAAUAAUUUACAGAAACUUAACUGAUAAAGUGCGAAUAGUAUGAAUGAUAUAUUUGAAUAAAUUUAUCCUAGUCUUUCAUAAAUACAUAAGAGACGAUUAUAUAUCCACUUACCGCUAUGUAAUAGUAAAAUAUUGCUACAAGCAAUACACAUUGUACAAAUUAAAUACACACAAAUAAAGGUAGAAAAUUACACGUUA